CAAGGCCGCCGCCGAGCCGAGGGAGGCGCCGGAGGGAGCGCGUGGCCUUUCCUUCCAUCCGUCCUUCCUCUUCCCAUCGAAAAAAAAACUCCCCUUCCUUUUCCGCCUCUCCCUUUCUCGUUCCCCCUUUCCAACCUAAACCUCAGCCCCCCCCCCCCCCCUCUUCUUCCUUCCCCGCUGUUCCCAGCGCCCGUCACCUACCUGGACGGGUGGGCGUCCGCGUCUCCGUCUCCCUCGCUCGCCCUUUUCCUCGUCGGAUAAGUAAGCAGGAGCAGCAGCUUGGAAGAGACCGGCAGACUCCGUCCGAAGCCUCCCCCCGUACGGCACUAUCUCGCUCCCGGGUGGAUUCCUCUGAAGAUUGGUGGGGUUUGGGGAUUACGGAGCUCCUAGUCCUGGGCGAAAGCUUUCGAGUGUUUUUUGGUGCGUUUUGGAGGGCGGAUUUUCGCGGGUCGGAGGGGUGUGCGGGGGAGGGUUUGGGGGAUGGGUCAGGAGGAGGAGCAGCAGCGGAGGGCGGCGGGCCUGCUGGCGUCGCGGGUGGCGCUGCGGGCCGGGGUGGAGAAGUCGCGGGCGCUCAGCCACGCGCUGGGCCGCUCCGCGGCGAAGGUGGAGGAGAUCCAGGCCCGGCUGACGACGACGGAGGCGGGGGUGCGCCCGAUCCGCGCGUCCCCGGACGCGCUCGAGGACGCGGCCGCCAACAUCGACCACGCUGUCGGGCCCGCCGCCGCCGUGCUCAAGGUGUUCGACGCCGUGCACGGCCUCGAGCCGCCGCUCCUGGCGGACGCCGCCGCCGCCGAGGACCUCCCGGGGUACCUCGCCGUCGUCGCCCGCCUCGAGGAGGCGCUCAAGUUCCUCUCCGACAACUGCGGCCUCGCUGAGCAGUGGCUCGCCGACAUCAUCGAGUAUGUCGGGGAGCACAGCCUCGCCGAUCCCCGCUUCGUGUCCGACCUCGCCGAGGAGCUCGCCCGGCUCAAGAACUCCUCGUCCGACCUGGAUGGCGGACUCCUCGCCGCUGCCCUUGACAAGCUCGAGGCUGAGUUCUGUCGACUCCUUGCCGAACACUCUGCUCCGCUGGCUAUGCAGGACCCCGACAAUUCCAAACCAACCUCCAUCGCGCCACCUCGUAUCCCCCCUGCCGCCGUGAACAAACUCAGCCUGACCGUUGACCGCCUCGCUGCUAAUGGGCGGCUCAGCUACUGCGUUGCUGCCUAUGCUGAUGCUCGUGGGGACACAGUCAGUGCUAGCCUCCGAGGGCUCGGCCUUGAGUACUUGCAAGACCCUUCUGAAGACGCUCAGGCGCUCAGUACGAGCGUUGAGCUUUGGGGGCGGCAUUUGGAGUUUGCAGUGCGCCACCUCCUAGAAACUGAACGAAAGCUCUGUGUCGCGGUAUUUGAGCGGCGACCAGAGGCCGCUCCCUCUUGCUUUGCAGACAUUGCGGCACGUGCUGGCAUUCUUGAUUUCCUCAAGUUUGGCGGCGCUGUGGCUGAUGCCAGGAAAGACCCCAUCAAGCUCUUGCGGCUGCUUGACGUGUUUGAUUCUCUGAAUAAGCUGAGGAUGGACUUCAACCGGUUGUUUGGUGGAAAGGCAUGCGUAGAAAUCCAAAGCAGGACUAGGGAGCUUGUGAAGAGGGUGGUGGAUGGUUCUGUUGAAAUUUUUGAGGAGUUGCUCGUGCAGGUGGAGCUGCAGCGCAACAUGCCACCCCUGUUUAACGGUGCAGUGCCACGCCUUGUUACCUUUGUUCCCAAGUACUGCAAUCAACUCCUUGGCGAGCAAUAUCGUCCUGUGCUUACGCAAGUGCUUACCAUCCACCGCAGCUGGCGCAAGGAAGCGUUCAAUGACAAGAUGCUUGUUGAUGCGGUGCUUAAAAUUGUUAAAGCUCUUGAGGCCAACUUCGAUACAUGGUCAAAGACAUAUGAGGAUAAGACACUGCAAUAUCUCUUCAUGAUGAACACACACUGGCAUUUCUUCAAGCACCUGAAGGGUACUAAGAUGGUUGAGAUCUUGGGUGAUUUAUGGCUCCGGGAGCAUGAGCAGUAUAAAGACUACUACUCGACAAAUUUUCUAAGGGAGAGUUGGGGAACACUUGCACCCCUGUUGAGCAGGGAUGGUUUGAUCUUGUUCUCCAAGGGUCGGGCUACAGCAAGAGAUUUAGUGAAGCAGCGGCUCAAAUCGUUCAAUGCUAGCUUUGAUGAGAUGUAUCAGAAGCAGUCUGCAUGGACCAUACCGGACAAGGAUCUGCAGCAGAGCAUAUGCCACCUUGUGGUGCAGGCUAUAGUGCCUGUUUAUCGUAGCUUCAUGCAAACCUAUGGGCCGCUCGUUGAGCAGGAUGUAAGUGCGAGCAAGUAUGUGAAGUACAGUGCCGAAGCCCUUGAUAAAAUGCUCAGCACUCUCUUCAUGCCGAAGCCAACUAGGACCGGAAGUUUACAGCUCAGAAACUCAAAUGGCAAGAUUACCAGUGCAAUGACAGGGUUGUAUCGGAGUACUUCCACAUUGAAGUAGCUUCAUUUGAAGUUCGAAAAGACUGGAUGUACAAAUGUGCAAUAAUUUGGUAAUCAAGAGUAAUUUUCUUCGAGCCAGCCAUUGAAGAUCCCGGUUGCACGGGAGACAUAAUAAUGGCUUGAUGAUAAGAGCAGCUGGAGCAUUAGAACAUAAACUUCUCCAGCACUGACAUAGGGGGGGGGGGGGGGGGGGGAAGGAAACUGAAGUGUCUCCUCAGGGCGUAUGAACAUCCCUUUCCCUGGGCUAUUCUCUUCACCUUCUAUGCAAGCAGUAUACUCAAUUCAUUUUAGGAACUUAUGUGGGGGGAACAUAAGUUGUGUAAUCAGUUCUGGUAUAUGUCAAAGUUUGAUUUUAUUUUAGGUGGAUAUUUAGUCAUUCUAUAUGUUAUAAAGCUUUAAUUUUAUCAGCAUGCAGUGAGUUAGAUGGAAGUAUACGACUAUGAGUGAUUAAUUUGA